UUAACCGAGCUUUAAUUAUGAAGACCGUCAACAGAGCUGACAUUUGUCAAGACAGGAAGGAUUCCCAUUAAAUCAUAACAAGGGUUCCAAAUAUUGAUCAUGUUAUUAUUAGCAGUUAAUCCGUCUAUUAAGAUCAAUUUUCUCUUAUCCGAUGUUUCCUAUGUCUCAAAACGACAUCUUCAGAUGUCUUAAUUGUCCACAAACAACUGUCCCUUGAACUGAUUGAUCGAUGAUCCAAAAAUAGCCACCGGUUAAUUUUGCAAUCGGUUAAUUAUUGAUUUGUUGAAAAUAAUAUUUGUUAGAAAAAAUCAAUAAAAAAGAACAAUUUCAUAGAAAAUUAUCUUUUCUGCUUUGGUCCAAAAUGCAGAACCCUAUAUUUUUUAGCAAUGAAAUGGUUACUGAGUUAGUGUUAUUCUAAUAUUACUACAACAAAUGUGAAUAACUUCAAGUACGUCAUUGUCAUUAAUCCAGAUGACGUCUGUGUUUCUGUGUGUGUGUGUGUGUGUGUGUGUGUGUGAGAGAGAGAGAGCGAGAGAGAGACUGAAAGGUUGGGGGAGGUUGAAAGGAAAAGGUUGAUGAUUAAACUGACUAAGACUAUAAAAGGCUGCGUCCACUGACCAAGAGAGAGCAAGAAGGAGGAACACCAAAGUCUGCUCUGCCACACAAUACAAGCCAAAAAACCUGAAGCACCUUCUGUGACCUGAGCGGCGAGGAAACGUCUGGUCUGGUGAUCUGAGGUGGAACCUGGUCCCCCACCUGUCUGUGAGAAUGCUCUGGAGAUUGACUCUCGCCGUGGCCGUGGUGUGCGUCGGUGGCAUGUGCAGCUGCGUGAGGGCUGAUGUCAUGAGCAGACUGAUGGUGCCCAGGGACUAUGGGGUGAAGCUCUGCGGGAGAGAGUUCAUCAGAGCGGUCAUUUUCACCUGCGGAGGCUCCCGGUGGAGGCGGUCCACAGAGAGGGACUCAGACUCUUUCCUGUGGAGUUCUCUCAGCGACGUUCCAGCAGAGGACAGUCGGCACACCUGGCAGAGUGGCACGGAGCUCACAGAACACCGCUCUCCCGCUCACAUCGCCGCCUCUCAGUCUCUGUCUGACCUCCUGGCUCUUUACGGGGCCGUGGGAGACGCGCAGCAGCAGCAGCAGCAGCAGCAGCAGCAGCAGCAGCAGCAGCAGCAGCAGAGUGACCCGUCCCUGCUGGAGAAGUCUCAGGCGCCGUCGUUUUUUCCUGAGCAGGACGGACGUCCACUGGCAGCCGGCUGGACCACGCACAGCAAGAAGAAGAGGAACUUUUCUCUGGGAGUGGCAGGGAUGUGCUGCAGCCAGGGCUGCACCAAGAACGAUAUUGGACGCUUGUGCUGAGCCGAGGAAAGGAGGAGAA